CCACGACAAAUGUUCAAGUAAUGAAAAAGCGUGCCCAUAUUCUCUAUGAAAUGUUAGCUGGCUGUGUUCAGAGGAAAGAUUGCACAACAUUAGCAGAGUUUUUACCACCCAAACAUGAGUAUGUAUUAGCAGUAAGAAUGACUUCUAUUCAGUGCAAGCUUUACCAGUACUAUUUGGAUCACUUCACAGGAACAGGAAGUACUAGAGAAGGAGGAAGAGGAAAAGCAGGAACAAAACUCUUCCAGGAUUUUCAAAUAUUAAGCAGAAUUUGGACUCAUCCAUGGUGCUUACAGCUGGACUAUAUUAGCAAAGAAAACAAGGGGUAUUUUGAGGAAGACAGGAUGAAUGAAUUCAUACCAUCAGAUUCUGAUGAAACCUCACUGAGUUUAAGUUCAGAUGAUUAUCCUAAGAAAAAAAAGUUCAAAGGGAAAAAAAGAACUAGCUCAGGUGGACAUGAGGAUGCAGAAGUAAUUAAAGUAUGGAAUUCAAGAUCCAGAGGUGGUGGUGAAGGGCAUAAGGAUGAGCUGGCCAGCAUUUCAUCUGUGAUGGUAAAAAAAGAAAAAAGUGAGUCUAAUGUAGAAGUAAACUUUUGUAUUUAUGUAAGGAUCAAAAAAUAUUGGUAAUAUGAUA